GAGGCGGAUCUCGGUGCGGUUCAGCGUGUGUGUGUGUGUCCGGCGGAGGAUGGAGGACGAGCCGCGAGAGACCCUGGACUAACGCAGGAGGAGGAGGAGGGGGUCUUGCUUUUUACAUGGAACCUGUUUGCGUUUACCUCCAAAGGUGGAUUUUAUACUGAAACACUACAUGACAAAAUGCCAUUUGCCAAGCGGAUCGUGGAGCCCCAGUGGCUGUGCAGACGCGCGGACGCGGAUGAGGAGGGUCUCCUGCUCCAGGACCUGUGCGCCUUCAGUAAUGUGGCUCUGUCCCGGACCCUGCGCCAGCUGUCGGAUCUGGCCAAACACGCCUGCUCGCUCUUCCAGGAGCUGGAGCACGAGCUGCUCGCCACGAACCGGCGCGUCUGUGCGCUCCGGGAGAAGAUGAGCAGGAUCCAGGAGACCACCGGCGCGCUCGACCCCAAACAGGAGGCAGUGCCUCUAUCUAACCUGGACACUGAGAGUAAGCUGAGUGGACAUUAUCAGGCUCCAUGGCACCUGCAGAGAAAUGUGUUCCUGCCAUCGACUCGGCCCGCGUGUGUGGAAGAACUGCAUCGAAAUGCCAAACAGAGCCUGCGGGCGCUGUACAGAGACCAGCAGCAGAGGCAGGAGGUCAGCGAGAGAGAGCGCAGGGUGACCAUUUCCAUCUCCAUGGCUCCGCCCAUGCCCACCUACCCGUCGCCCCGCGCCCACCGCAGACGCCAGCAGAGAGACAGACCCCUCACCACGGAAAGGACAGAGAGAGACAUAGAAACUCAGACAACACAAGCACAGUUCCAAAGCACCCGGUCCUCCUCCCCUACUGAGUGUUGUCAUUUUUCCCCAUGGAGCAGAAAGGUUGCUCCUCCAGUGGAUUCAGAUUCAGAGGUGGUGGCUUUGAGCCACUGGCCGAAGUGCCCGAUCCCGAAUGUGCCCUCGACGCUGGACAAACAGACCAACUGGGCUGGAAUCUUACCACUGCCCUCUCCAGAGGAGAAGAUGAAGACGGACUCUCAAGUCAUCAGCUCAUACAUCGUUCCCAUUAACGUAACAGAGGAGGGCGCCAACGCUACUUCCCCUUCAGCGAUAUCAGCUUUCCUAAGGGUUGGGUUUGACAGAGAGGCCAGUGUGCGCUGCUCACUAGUCCAUUCGCAAUCAGUUCUUCAACGGCGAAGGAAGCUAAGGAGACGGAAAACCAUCACUGGCAUUCCCAGACGCGUGCAGCAAGAUUUUGAUUCUGACGAGUCUCCAGUGGCCAGAGAACGUACAGUGAUAGUCCAUACCAACCCUGAAAUUUGUCAAGAGGAUCUCACGCUCUCUCGUCUCAACACCAAGGACUCUGGUUGCCAGACAGAAGAAUUCCUGAUUGUUGGGGCUGCACCCUCACGUAGACGGAUCAGAGCACAAAGGGGGCAGGGCGUGACUGUGUCACUGUCCCAUUCCACAGGCAACAUAUCUUCUCUGCCUGACAACUCUGACACAAUGUUCACCGCCUCAGUAGGCUCCCGUCUGCGUUCCCGAAGCCUCCCGCGUGAGGGAGGGCGACUUGUGGAUGAAGGUCAUGAUGACAGUGAUGAGGAUGACGAGGAGGAGGAUGAGGAAGAACUGUCCCCGUUUGAGGCAGAGGACUUCCUACCAGUCCCAGGGGAACAUAUUCUAAAGGAUGAUGAAGAAAGCACUGAUGACCAGGCAAUCCCAGAGGGCCAGCAUAACAGUUUGAAAUUCAAGCAGCAUGCUGGAAGUACAGAUCAUGACUGGAUGGAGAGGGGUCGAUCCCAUCUGCCUCGGAAAGCUGACAUGGGUAGCUGUGAGAUUUCCUCCAGUUCUGAUACAUUCAGUAGCCCCAUUCACUCCGUUUCCAAUGCUGGUGUGCUGACUAGCCAGAUGGACCACAAGGAGGAUCACCAGUCCUCGAGCGGCAAUUGGAGUGGUAGCAGUUCUACCUGUCCCUCCCAGACAUCAGAGACCAUUCCACCUGCAGCCUCACCCCCACUCACCGGAUCAUCCCACUGUGAUUCAGAGCUAUCGUUGAAUGCAGCUACCAAUACUAAUGAUGACUCCACCGGCUUCAUUAUUGAUCCAUAUCCUGGAGACCGAUCACAAGGCCUCCGUAGCCAUAGGACAGGUUCAUUUACUUCCACUGCGACUGACAUGCUUGAUGAUGCUGGAGUCAGCACUGCCAGUGAGGGUGAGUGGAGCUAUCCACACUACAGGCACAACAUGCCUUGCCAUCCCGACUUCAGUCCUGAGCACUCUAGGGCAGAGAAUAUCCUAGAAUGUCCCAGUUUUGCUAGCAUAGCCACUUUUGAAAGUUUAACAGAUAGGCCACCAUCUGAAAAGGCUGACACCACCUCACACUUUUCUGUAGAUGCUGAGGGCUACUAUACCUCCAUGCACUUUGACUGUGGUCUUAAAGGUAGCAAAAGCUUCACGUAUAACUAUGCAUCUGUAGACCAACAGCAGGCAGAAUAUGGACAUCAAACAAACACACUUGGGAGACGUAGUCUCUCUCUAAGGAAACCAAAGGUGAAGCCAUCCCCACCAAAACGUAGCUCAUCCUUGAAGAAAAUAAGCAGCCAUGUUGGACCUCCCACUGACAAGAACGAACCAAAGAAUGCUGUCGGUCAGAACAAAUCUAUGUCUUCCGGUGAGAGAACACAGCAUGUGGGGUUGAACGGAGGCUCCUCAAGUCAGCUGGAGAGUGAGGAGCCACUGGGGGCUUGGGGUGUUGAGAGUUCUACAGAGAUUCCAGAAGUUGCUUUGUUUGGCUCCACAGAAACACAUUCUUUCAAGGACGAGGGAGCUGUCCAGUCAGAAUAUGCAGAUCUCUGGCUUCUUAAUGACUUGAAAUCCAAUGAUCCUUACAGAUCAUUGUCAAAUUCCAGCACAGCUACGGGUACCACUGUCAUCGAAUGCAUUAAGUCACAGGAGAGCUCUGAAUCCCAGACUUCCCAGUCAGGAUCUAGGGCCACCACUCCUUCAUUACCAUCGGUGGAAAGUGAGUUUAGAUUGCCUUCACCGGAAAAGCUGGUAGGUCUAGCGUCACCUUCCAGUGGCUACUCAAGCCAGUCAGAGACACCAACAUCAUCUCUUCCGUCGGCUUUCUUCCCAAACGCUCACCCAAUGUCCCCUACUGGUGGCAAAAGGAAACCCAAAGUCCCAGAGAGGAAGUCCUCACUUGCGUCUUUGCAGCAGUACUCAUCCAAAAGGGACCUGGAAUUGCCUAUCAUACCUCCCUCCCAUCUUGACCUAAGUGCCCUUCCCAAUGUCAGCAGGCCUUCAAUUCACAAAAACCAGAUGCACAUCCUCCACCAGAGCAAACAAAAAACAGCAGCUUCAGCAGAAACCAAGCGUGAGAGUCUGGCAACUUCGGUUUCAAGUGAUGAGCUGGCAGUCACUAGUCCUUUGGCCAUCACUCCAACGGUACUUCGUUCAGUUCAACUACGUUCAGUUAGCAAAUCUGGAGAAGGGAGCCACGAUCGACCUAUAACUGAUACUGCCACUAGGCCUAAGUGUCCCACUGUGACUAUCAUUACCCCACCUACUCACAAUAAACCCCAUGAAACUAGGAAGCCUCCACCCUAUAGACCCCUUCUCACAGAAACCUCCUCUCAGGACAAUUGUGAAUCACUGUUUACCCCAGUAGAUGGACUAGCUGCUAAGAAUAUAGCAAGCCAUUUUGGUGCAAGAAAUAGAUAUGACCGAUUAGCCCCAUCACCUCUUUGGAGCAUGACUGCUUUUAAGGCCCCGUCUGAACAGGUGAACAUGGAUGAAGUGAUGUCUGAAAAUUCUCGAGAAGUUGCAGAAGAGGAGAACACCUCAAAUAAUUUAUUUCCCCAGAGUAGUCUGGAAGUGGAGCAAAUCCAGCCAUGGAAAUCUGAGCCAAAUGAGGGAAGCCCUGGUCAGAAUGGUCUAGGAAAGAGGUCAGAUAGUCUUGACCAAGUGCCUGAUAUUGUCAAUCAAAGAUCAGAGACAUUGCAAGCUUAUCUAAUCAGCAGUGCUGGAGAAGAAUCUGUAACAUCAGGUGUUCCAACCAGAAGUGCCUCACAGGAACUUGUAGAGGAAGGGUCAACACCAGACACAGAGGAUUAUUUCAGCAAAGAGUCCACACCAAGCGAUCCCACCGUGUCCCCUCUGACAGACGAAUCCAAAACCGAGGAUGAUAGCGUUUUUCUUUCACCAAGUAAAAAUCGCACAACAGAGGAUCUCUUUGCCAUGAUUCACAGGUCAAAACGAAAAAUGCUGGGCAGGAAAGAUUCUGGAGAAAUGUCAGUGCGGAGCCGUUUAGCUGUUGUUUCUGGGAAUGGCUCUGCUACUAAUUCUGCAACCUCACCAAGCACCCCAAACAUGCCUGUAAGCCGUUUAGCUGUUGUUUCUGGGAAUGGCUCUGCUACUAAUCCUGCAACCUCGCCAAGCACCCCAAACAUGCCUGUAAGUCCAUCUACUCAAACUGGGGCUCAGAGAACCCCGGGCCCAAUUUACAGGAGUGCCAAAAAAUCCAGUACCUCAAAUGAAGAGUUCAAAUUGCUGCUGUUGAAAAAAGGAAGUCGGUCUGACUCCAGUUAUCGCAUGUCAGCUAUAGAGAUCCUUAAGAGCCCCGUUGCACCCAAAAGCCCCGGCGAGCUCCUGAUGGAGGGUUCUAGACCAUUUGAGGAGCCACUCUCUCCUUUACAACAGCAACUUCCAGAGGGAACUCCCGAGCAAAUGCCCAGCCCCUUUCCCAAAUCGUAUGCUGAGGGCUUUUCCCCAAAAGCUUUUCCCACAUCUGCCUCAACUAGACAAGGCCGGUCAAGGAUGCCGCCAGCUGCAAAUAGCAGCCGCUACAGUACACGCAGUCGGCUGUACACUGCUCCCAUGCAGGCCAUAUCAGAAGGGGAAACAGAAAACUCAGAUGGAAGCCCACACGAUGACCGUUCCUCCUGAAAAAUACAUCUUGACUUUUAGAAUCAGUCUAGACACAAUCUUUGACAUCAAGUCAAUAAUGCUGGGCACUUGACAUACUCAAUUCUGUUCUUAAGAAGACUGUAAACAAACUACGUAGCAUCUGUACCAUUUUGUAUCAAGAAGAACAAAACAUUCUAAUAAUAAUUUUUAGUAGUGGUGUUCUAAUAACUUCCAUGAACAUAUUUAUUUUAUGUGAAUACUUUGUUUGUGUACCUUUCAUUUUAGAACGAGAGUGAAGAAAACUACAUGGUAAAAAUACAUCACUUUGUAAUUACUCACAGUGAAUCAAUUGCGGAUGCUUUUUGUCACACACAUUUAACAUUGUUAAGAAAGAUAAAAACAGUACUGUACUGGGGUGACUGUGAAAAUGGGUCCAGAUGGUAUUAAAAGAAGGGAAAAUCUUUCUUGUACCUUACACACAAACUGUUUAUGGCAGACAGCUUGGGACAAUCAAAGAGUGGCCUUUUGUAUAGUUAGCUGUAGCAUAAAUGGGCUAAGUGCUUUCGAGUUAGCCCGCAACUGGAUCUUAUUGGGCAAGAAAUGUAGCUGUGUUGGAAUAUCCUGAUGGCCAACCACUAUUUUGCACUUCUUUUGGUACUGAAAAAAUGUCAGUCAUUUUAAAGAAAUCUUACAAAAAUGCCACAAGAGAAAAAGUGACAUGAAAAUAAAUAUCUAUAUACAGAAUAUAAAUUUAAAAAAAAUAUAUAUGUAUUUUUGAAUGACAUUAGCUUGCGAAGGUAAUAGGCAAAUUGUGCCCAUAUUUGGCCUUUUUUAAGAUAUUGAGCUUUUUAAUGCACCAUCUAAUAAUUUUAAAGCAAUGCUGUAAUUAAUGACCACAUGAUUCUUCCCUUUCAUUCAGUAUUUAUCUUUUUUAAGCAAAUUUCUUUAAAAAAAAAUCAACCCAUUGUUUCUAUAUCAAUAAAUUGAUCUAAGAAAAAUGACAACAGCUACAACACAGGCACUAAACGUAUUCUGUGAAUACUGUACCAAUUGUUUCUAAAGUAUAUAUAUAAUUCUGCUCUUUGUGAAGUGAUUUUUUGUUAUUGAUCACUGACCCACACAGCAGGACUAAUACUGUGCAAGCGUUUUACAGCCAACUUGAAAUUAUGCCUCUACCGCAGUAGUUGUAGCUUUUCUAUAUUUCACUUUAAUAGAUCAAAUUAACUGCAUGCAAUAAAAGAGAGGAGCCGAUAUUGGUACAUAAUUUUUUAAGAGUAUCAAGGAAUUUGCCUCAUAAGAUUUGUGAGGCCAUGAACUGUUUUUGUCAAAAAUCUGAUAAGAAACACUCUUGACAAUCUUUUUCAAAGACAUUUAUAUGUAGAAAAAGGACUAUGGCAGAAUAAUAUUGUAGAAGGAUAAGUAGAAGUUUUUAGAAGUGUGUAGUGGAAGUGCUUUUGGUCAGGAGGCUUUUGCAGUUUGUGUUGCUUUGGGUUUGAAUUUGCAAUGUUGAGAGGGCAAUGAGGAACGUUACAAGAAGGACUUAAAGUUUGGUAUCGUCCUUGAAACUGAUGGAAAACAUAUUCCUUUCUCAAUGCUGUUGCUGUUUGUAGCACAGACAGUAAAAUAUCCAAAGAAAGACUACAGAGGUGUAGAGUCAUGUCAGACUGAGAGACAGAGCAAGUCUGCAGUAAGAGGGUUUGUGUCUUGAUGAAGACUUUCUUUUGCUGGAGCAACAAAUAAAUCUGUGCGUAUGAGGAUGUGCUGAAAAGGAUGCAAAUCAAAGGAAAGAGGUUGUAAAAAAGGUUGCAAAGGACAGAUGAAAAAACAUGGACUUGCACUACUGUUUGGUUAUUGUUCGGCUUACUUUUUUAAAUCAGUUUCCAAGAGCCACCUUGUGUUUUUCGUUUUGGUACUAAAGCGAAAGGAUUAUUAGUAUCUUGCUGGCUUUUAUGAAAUAUUGGGCUUUGAUAAAUUUAUGAUUGCAGAUUUAUUUAUGGAUUUAAGGAGUUAUGUUUUUCUUUUCAGAGGUUAAGCUUUAGUUGGUAAACACUGGUUUCAAAAGACAGAUGAAUUUAAUGCAGAAAAUAAAACCACUUAUAAAUAAUAUAAAAAAAUAUUAAUGGCAUAAGCUACUCUGUUAAUGAUCCCUUGAAACCUAAUGGUGUCCAGUGGUGUAUUUGGCAUUUCUCUCCUUUGUACCAUUGACCUUCUGGUGUGUUUGCAAUUUACCUUGCUUGGUGAGUUUUAGUCUUUGGAUCAAGUAUUUAAGCUGUCCUCAACUAUUCGAUCACUAACAACUAACUAGUUUUAGGUAAAGAUGUUAUACAAAGAGUAUAAAACGCACCUUUACAAACCUGAGUAAUCUAAAAGUUGGCAAAGACUUUCACUAUCCAUCUCCAAGACAGAGGUAAACGAUUUUGUAAGCUACCAUUCCAACAUUGUAAAGUCUAACCUUACAAUUUGCACUGAUGUUUAGUAUGUUUGUGAAGGUUUUCACAUUGUCUAUUGCUGUACCUAAGGCUAUUUAAACAGGAAUAGUUAACACAUAGCAAAAGCAAUUAUGAAUUGAAAUCUAAUAUUGUUAAAGUUAAAGCAUGCUUGGUGAAUGGUAACAUGCAAAGAUUUGUGUACCAAAGGAUUUCAGAGUCAAACAAACACUUGCUGUACUGAACACACACACAGUUACGUGAUGUCUCUUCUGGUACUAGACUGAAGUCUUCAAGCAACUAAAAUUAUUAUUAUUAUUGUUUUUUUUUGUAAAAACUUGUAAAUAGAAUACCUUUUAAAAUCGUUUCCAGGGUGUUUCUUAUGUAAAAUGUUUUCAAAGUUUACAUUAAUUAUAAGCCUUUGUAUAUUUUUGAUCUGUGCAACACUUUUGAGUCUUGUAUUUAUUUUUUAGUAAUCUUUGUGGAAAGUCCCAUUGUACAAUGUCUCUAAAACCAGCUUGUCUGGCUGUUUAGUAAAUGUGCAUAGAAGAGGCCAAUAAAUGUGACUGCUUUA